AUGGCGCGUUUGCAAUUUCUGCUGGCUCUGCUGGCGUCCUUGGUAUGCCUCGUGUCUCAGGCGCGUGGACAUGACCAGCUGGUCAAGCGUACCGGUAACACAGUGCGCUUCGAGGUUGUUUUGACAUGGGAGGAUUGGGCGCCCGCCGGUAUCUCUAGGAAGACCAUCCUCACGAACGGCCAAUUCCCGGCACCGACAUUGGAAUUGCGACAAGGAGACGACGUGGAGUUUUUGGUCAUCAACAAACUUCCCACCGCAACAACUGUUCACUUCCACGGAAUUGAGCAAUCUGACACACCCUGGUCGGAUGGUGUCCCCGGUCUUUCGCAAACGCCCAUACAGCCUGGCGACCAAUUCCUCUACAAAUGGACGGCGACGCAAUACGGCAGCUACUUCUAUCACGCCCACCGCCGUGGACAGGUCGAGGAUGGGCUGUACGGCGCGAUCUAUAUCCAACCCCAAGAUACGGUGGAAAAGCCCUUUAAAUUCAUCACCAACAACACCAACGAGUUGCGAGCAAUUAAAGCAGCAGAGGAGAAAACCCGCCCGGUCCUACUCUCCGACUGGCGUCAGCUUACCUCGGAGGAGCUGUGGCAUGCCGAGGAAGCCAUGGGACGUGACUCGUUCUGCGCCAAUGCUCUUCUCGUGAACGGCAAAGGCAACAUUGGCUGUCCUGGGGUGGAUUUCUUGAAUGCCCAUGCCACGGCCGCUAUGAAACAGGUGCUGGGUAACAGCAGCAAGCUCACGGACAUUGGAUGCAUGCCCCCUACCCUCACGAGCUUGCAAGGCAACUUCCCGCACAAUCACAGCGCAAUUCCGCCAUCCGUCUUCUCGGGCUGCACCCCUUCGCAAGGUCAACACGAACGUCUUUUGGUCAACCCCAUCGAGAAGUACGCCAGCUUCGACCUGCUCAGCUCAGCCGGCGUGUCCACAAUUACCUUCUCGAUCGACGAGCACCUCAUGUACGUCUACGCAAUUGACGGCCGCUACAUUGUUCCAACCCAGGUCAGCGCCAUCACCAUCUCUAACGGCGGCCGCUACUCGGUCCUCGUGAAACUGAACAAGCCGGCGGGCGACUACACGGUGCGCGUCGCCAACACAGGCGUGAACCAGCUCCUCAACACAACUGCCACCAUGUCUUACACAGCACCUCUCAAGACCAAGAAAGGCCCCUCCAUCCCCCAAAUCGACAUGACCGGUGCGCCGCUAUCCAAGAGCGCCACCGUUCUGGACGAAUCUAUUAUCGUCCCCUUCCCGGCCAUCAUGCCGUCCCAAGACGUCGUCGCGACACACAUCCUCAACAUCGCGCGCUACAACGCCUCCUACCGCUGGAUCCAAGGCGGUUCUAACUCCAGCUACCCUCUCUCCCUCGAGGACGCCUCGCCACUCCUCUUCUACCCGCUCACCGCAAGCGAGCAAAAGGACCUUACCAUCUCCACGAAGAACAACACCUGGGUCGAUAUCGUCUUCGCCGUCACAGGGCCCAUCCAACCGCCUCACCCGUUCCAUAAACACUCAAACAAGUUCUUCGUGCUUGGCCAGGGCAAUGGGGUAUGGAACUACUCGACCGUCGCCGAAGCAGCACAGCACAUACCCGAGAGCUUCAAUUUCGUGAACCCGCAGAUCCGAGACACGUUUGUGACGCCGCCGGCAGCAACGGGGCCGACGUGGCUCGCGAUCCGGUACCACGUUAUUAAUCCGGGCGCGUUUUUGUUGCAUUGUCAUAUUCAGGUGCAUUUGAGUGGGGGCAUGGGUUUGGCAAUGCUGGACGGGGUGGAUGAGUGGCCUGAGAUUCCGGAGAUGUAUUGGGAGACUGCGAAAGGGUAG